AUGGCUGACCAAAGGCAAACUCGUGGUCGAGUUGCGAUGAUACGAGAUGCACCUGAAGAGGCUCAUGAUGAGUCGUCUGUGCAUAUAGGGCAACAUGAACCGGCCAACGUAGCAGGUAGAGGCCGUGGGCGUGGUAGACCUAGAGGUAGAGCUAGAGGUCAAGCUGUGGAGGAACAGGAACCGGUUCAGGCUCCUGGGAUACCACAACAACCUAACGCGCCAGGCUUUGACUUUAAUCAGUUCUUAGCUGGAGUUGCAGCUAUGCAAGCUAACCAAGUGGAGAAUCAGGCUAUGCAUAGGGAGCAAUUAUUGCAACAACAACAGCGUGUUGGUGCAAAUGUUGAUAGAGACAGUGUUUUGGCUUAUAUGCGGCUCAAACCAACAGAAUUUGACGGUUCAGGAGAUGCAUUAGAUUUUCUUGAGGAAGUUGAGCGUGAUGCUAGACGUUUGCAGGCUGACGAGAGACAGUCAAUCUUGUUAGUUGAAAUGUCAAUGAAAGGACCAGCAAAAGACUGGUUUCGACGUAUAAUUCAACCUACGAUGAAUCAAAUGACCUGGGCAGAGUUUGUUAAUCGGUACAGAGAAUUUUAUCUGCCAUUUUCUGUGACCGAGAGUUAUCGAGAUCAAUUGCUGAAUUUGAGAAGAGGAAAUAGGUCAGUACAAGAAUAUGUGACGGAGUUCACUAGGUUGGGAAGAUUUGCACCUGAUUUGAUGGCUGAUCCAGCAAGGGCGAAUGCGAGUUUUAUCAAGGGUUUAGGACCCGAGUUUAUUAGCCUUGUUUCUGAUGUGAACCGAGAUUUGAUCCAGCUGAUAGACAGUGCACGUCAGAUGGAGACUUCGUUGGUACAGUUUGGCAGAAUUGUAAAUUCUACUACACCAGUGUCGACAAGGAGUGAUCAAGUUGGUGCGACAGCCAAUACACAAAUGUGGUUUAAUCCAAGUGGUUUUACUGGACCGCGACGUAAAUUUUUUAAAGGGAAGAGUAAUAAGCGUUUCAAUACCCCUGGAGCUAGUUCAAGUGGACGUAGCUCAGGAAGUUCUGGAGUUUUAACUCCAUAUUGCCAGAAUUGUCGGAGGAAACACUAUGGAGUGUGUCAUCUUGCUCCAGGAGCGUGCUUUGUUUGUGGCCAACUAGGCCAUUAUGCAAGACAGUGUCCGAUGUCAGGAGCACAAGGAUCUGCUACCAGUGUUGCUCAACCUUUUCAGCAGCAAUGGAGACCUAUGUUUUCGGCGGCAUCUGGGCAAGGUCAAACUGGUAGUACGUUUACUAGUCAGAGAGGAAGAGGUUUUGGUAAUAAUCGAGGGGGAGGAAGAAAUGGUGGAGGAAGAGGUACUGGUCAGAACUCUCAAGCGGAGGGGAGUCAAGCCAGGGUGUUUGCACUAAACCCACAAGAGGCUCAAGCCUCUAAUGCAGUUGUGCAAGGUAUUUUUACUAUAGCCUCUAUGGAUGCUUUAGUAUUAUUUGAUCCGGGUGCAACACAUUCAUUUGUUUCACCGAGUUUUGCGAUUAAGAUGGGAAAGCAACCCGCUUACUUGCAAAAUCCAUUAUCAGUAGCCAUGCCAAUGGGUGAAAGUAUGGAUGCGGACAUAGUUUAUUCGUCUUGUCCUGUGAAUGUUCAAGGACGAGAAUUGCUUGCCGAUCUAAUUUUGCUAGAAGUACUAGCAUUUGAUGUUAUAUUAGGUAUGGAUUGGUUAGCUCGACAUUAUGCGAGUAUGGAUUGUCGCGAGAAGUUAGUGACAUUCAAUACCCCUGGAAUUGAGGUGGUUUCACUUCAAAGUGAAAAAUUAAAAUCCACUGCUAGCAUAAUCUCAGCUAUGAAAGCUCAACGAAUGAUGAGAAAAGGAUGUCAAGCAUUCUUGGCUAUUGUGUUGGAUACAGAGAAAGUUCAAGGAACUGUACAGAAUGUACCGGUGGUAAUGGAGUAUCCAGAUGUUUUUCCAGACGAAUUACCGGGAUUACCACCAGAUAGGGAGAUAGAGUUUUGUAUUGAGUUAGCUCCUGGUACCAAACCGAUAUCAAUACCUCCUUAUCGAAUGGCGCCAGCAGAGUUAAAGGAACUGAAAGAUCAACUAGAGGAACUACUUAGUUGUGGUUUUAUCAGACCAAGUGUUUCACCAUGGGGAGCACCUGUUUUAUUUGUUAAAAAGAAGGACAGAUCAUUUUGGCUCUGUAUAGAUUACAGACAGCUGAACAAAGUUACAAUCAAGAACAAGUACCCAUUGCCAAGGAUUGAUGAUUUGUUCGAUCAACUGCAAGGAGCAAGGUACUUUUCUAAGAUUGACUUGCGAUCAGGAUACCAUCAGUUAAAGAUCCGAGAGGAUGAUGUUUCGAAAACUGCUUUUAGGACUCGGUAUGGUCACUACGAGUUCCUAGUUAUGUCAUUUGGAUUGACAAACGCACCAGCGGCUUUCAUGGAUUUGAUGAAUAGGAUAUUCAAACCCUUCUUGGAUCAGUUUGUAAUUGUUUUCAUUGAUUAUAUUUUGAUCUACUCGCGUACGGAGGAGGAGCAUGCACAUCAUUUGCGCAUAGUUCUUCAGACAUUGAGGGAGCAUCAAUUGUACGCCAAGUUUUCAAAGUGUGAAUUUUGGUUAGAAGAAGUGGCAUUUUUGGGACAUGUUGUGUCUCAAAAUGGAAUCAAAGUAGAUCCAAAGAAGAUUGAAGCAGUUGUGGAAUGGAAACGACCAACUUCGAAGAAUGCAAAGUACGAAUGGACAGAGAAAUGCGAUAACAGUUUUCAGAAACUGAAGGAGUGUCUAACGACAGCUCCAGUGCUAGCAUUACCUGAAGGUAUUGAAGGAUUCAUUGUUUACUGUGAUGCUUCAAGGGUUGGUUUAGGAUGUGUUUUAAUGCAACAUGGACGAGUAAUAGCUUACGCUUCACGCCAACUGAAAAAGCAUGAAAGGAGGUGGUUAGAGUUGCUUAAGGACUAUGAUUGCACUAUACAGUAUCAUCCGGGUAAAGCCAAUGUGGUAGCUGAUGCGCUAAGCAGAAAAUCUGCAGGAAGUUUAGCACACGUUACAACAGAGUGGCAAAGGCCAUUGAUCAAAGAGAUCUAUACGAUGUUCAGUCAGAACAUCAGAUUUGAAGUUUCUUAUCUUGGAAGCUUGAUAGCCCAAUUAAGUGUGCGACCAACUCUAAUCGACAGGAUUAGGGAACUACAAGGUGAAGAUCCUCAACUAAAGCGUGUCAUGGAGGAGGUAGAGAAAGGAAGGUGUCAAGACUUCAGUGUUGUUAACGGAACACUGAAGUAUAGUACCAGAUUAUGUGUACCAGAUAUUGAAAAUUUAAGGCAGAAGAUCAUGGAGGAAACCCAUGGAUCAACUUAUAGUAUUCAUCCAGGUUCUACCAAGAUGUAUAGAGAUAUUAAAGAGAUGUACUGGUGGAACGGAAUGAAGCGAGAUAUUGCAGAGUUUGUAGCAAAGUGUCCAGUGUGUCAGCAAGUUAAGCUUGAACACCAAAGGCCAUAUGGAUUUUUACAACCCCUACCCAUUCCAGAGUGGAAGUGGGAGAGGAUUAUGAUGGAUUUUGUGUUUCAGAUAGAGGUUCAGUAUUUACCUCUAGAUUUUGGGGAAGGUUACAAGAAGCGAUGGGAACGCGGUUAG